AUGGGCAAAAUCGACUACAGCAAUGGGAUCUCCAUUCUCCAACUAAUCGUCUACCUCCCCGCCAUCUUUGUCUCGAUAUUCCUCGUCGCCCGCCAUGGGCUCCGAACAAGCUGUGGCUUCAUCUUCCUCACUAUUUUCACUCUCCUCCGCAUCAUCGGUGCGGGAUGUGACCUCGCUACAAUCGCAUCUAGCUCAACAUCUCUGUACACCACAUAUGCAAUCACAAGCUCAAUCGGUCUGACCCCAUUGAUGAUGGCCUGUUCCGGACUUCUCUCUCGAGCCGAUGGUUCCAUCAAGAGAACCACGGGACACGGUCUCCCUGAACUCCCAACAUUCCGCGCUUUCCGCAUUCUCAAUCUCGUGGCCCUGAUUCUCUGUAUCACCGGCAUCACUUUAAAUAUGAACGACAGCGGCGUAAUCAAGCCAUCCAUCGAAGCAAAGAUCGGAAUGAUCCUCUACAUCGUCGCCUGGUUCUUCAUGGUGUUACUACUCGUCAUCCUCAACAACCGCCGUGGUGGUCUUGAGCCUGGUGAGCGCCGCACUCUACUGGCUGUCGCCAUUUCAUCGCCCUUCAUCCUCGUCCGUGUUGCCUACGGUGUCCUCGUUUGGUUCUUGGACAACAAAACCUUCAGCAUGGUCGGUGGCAACGAGACCGUGACUUUGGUUAUGAGUGUUCUAGAGGAGUUUGCUGUUGUCAUCACUCUUCUUGGUGUUGGUGUUACCCUGCGCGUGCGCGGGAGUCGGCAGAACCUGGACAAGGAGCAGGCAAUUCAGCCUCAGUGGCCUGUUCAGGCUUAA